AUGAUUCUCCCCGCUUCUUCCUCCUCCCGAGUAGGACGACAACGGCGAGGACAACACCACCGUAAUAAAAACCAAUCCUCCUCAUCCGUCGUCUCUUCUUCUUCUGUCGAGGACUUUGACGUCGCACACGACGACGAGGAUGCAAAAAACACACUCGAAGACGACGACGAAACGCAUCGACGACGACGGACGAGAACGACGUUUAGCAGACGGAACUCUCUCAAAGCCGGCGUGCUGACAGCUGCCGCAGGACUCGGGGUUUUUACCACGCUCUCCUCGUCGAACGUUUUCGGGGUUCAGGUUCCCACGUCGUCGUUUCUAUCGUCCUCGAUGGCGAUGGCUGCCACGUCAGACGAGGACUUGACGUUUGCGUACUUCGGGAACGGGUGCUUCUGGGGAAGACAACACGAGUUCGUCUCCUUGGAAAAAGAUAUCUUGAACAGAGAAGACGUACAGGUGAAAUCGUUGGCAGGGUACGCGGGAGGGAAACGAGGCGCGGGUGGGAAGAAUAAAGACACCGUGUGUUAUUACUACGGCGCCGCGGAUACCGUGUAUGAGCGGUUAGGCCACGCGGAAGUGGUACAAAUAGCGUAUAAAGACGAAGACGAGUUUAAGAAGUUUUGCGAGGUAUAUUUUAAGAACUUUAACAAGACGCCGUUUGGGAUGCAAAGAGUGGACCCGCAAGAUAGCGGGCCGGGAUACAGGAACGUGGUCGGUAUCCCGGGAGGGAUCGAGAACGAGAAAUUAAUGAAACAGAUGGAAUCGGCAAACGCGAACGGAAUGAAACUCGUUCGAGGCGAAGGCAACGAUUUCGACAAUCGAGGCAAACCGACCGAAAACGAUCAGAUUAAUCUCGUCUGGAUCGUAGAUUCGGACAAAUUGCCGUUUUACCCGGCGGAAAGGUAUCACCAGUUCCACGACGGGUUAGGGUAUAAGUUCCCGGAGUCGUACACCGUGGGUCUGAAACGCGCCGCUGAGAAAGCCGGCGCGAUCGGAAAAGUCGCGGGAUGUCCCGAAAUGCGCGAAAAAGCUUUUGCAGAUUUUGAAAGUUUAGAGGGAUAA